UAGGAGAAUAUUAAUAGCUUUGGUAAUGUCCACUUCGGGGACGUCCGCACUUAUGUGAUAAUUACCAAAACAUGAACGAAAUAUCGUAAAUUCGCGAUUGUCACGCUGUGAGUAGUAGUCAUAGUUAGGUGUGGUGAGAUCACUGAUAACGUUGUUAAUAGACGUCUUCUACAGUUGGAUAAAACACGAGUGUUAAAAUGGUGAAAGUCAAUGAAAAGGAUGAGACUUCAAAAACUCCUGGACACGACCCACUUUCCUCAAUGUCAAGUGAGGGAUCGUUUGUUGUUUUGGGAACAUCACCUCAUGAAUCUGAAAGACAGCCUGCAAGUGAUAUUACUAUUGUCUCACAGCCACCAAGUUUUAAUGAACUUAUGUUGACAGAUUAUCAGACACCAUCGAACUUACCGGAACCGCUAUCUGCUGACUUGAGUCCAGAAGAGGUACACAAAAAGCUUGAAGAGGUCGUGCAGCACAAUCUUCAUCUGAAAGAGCUGUUGUUCCAGAAUAACCUAAGCUGGAAACGUAAUUACCAGAUAUUACUAACAUGGCAGGAAGAACUCUCAAAGCAGCAACAGAAGAAUAAUGAAAAAUUUGCAGAAAAUAAGGAGUUCACAAUGAAGUUGAUUGCAGAAAACAAGGAGCUAAAACGUUACAUUGAGGAAUCAAAACGAGGAAGUGACCUUGAAUUGCAGCUGGAAGCUGAAAAUGCUGAGCUUAAGAAAAAAACAGCAGAAUUGGAGAAAAGGCUGGCAGCAUCAAGUGCAAAGGGAGAAAAAACAGAAUGUGGAACACCAAGUAAGAAAGAACUAGAGUUGAGCAGUCUUGUAGAGCAGUUGAAUAAACAACUUGAAGCAGCAGAAAGAUCAAAACGGCAGCUAAUAAUGGACAAUGAGCGUCUGAGUGCUCAAAAAAGUCGAUUAGAGAAAGAAAUGGAUAAUAUAAAGGCUGAUCUAGAAGAGCUGAAGGUGAACUGUCAUAAGUUAGAAUUGGAAAGAGAAGAGCUGCUCUCCAGAUCAAAUCAUCUUGAUGAGAGCUCUACCUCUCCUCAGUUGGAUGUGCAAAGUAAUGAAGAGACUGAUUUUGCUACCAGCAUGAAAAAUUAUGAGAGACGUCUACAGCAAAUCAAUACAAACCUAGACGAGAAGACUGAAAGGUACACAACUUUGGACAGCUGGCUACAGGUAGCUGCUGACAAUGUUAAUCAGUGGAAUGGAAUCCCAAGUGCAGAUUCUGCUAUUAUAGCAAAUCUCAAGAAAGAAAUCCAUGACUUACGACAAUUAUUAAUAAAAGAACAGAGCUUUGGACAUGAUAAAAAAAUAAACUUAGCUGAAGCUCAGUCACAGUUUCAGAAAUUAUUCUCAGACUACCAAGAACUUUUAGAAGAGUGGGAAAAAUUUCAUGCGGAACAGAAAACAAAAGAAAAACAAAACAAUGAAUACCAUGAAUUUCAAGUUCGAGGGUAUGUUGAAAAAAUAGACAACCUUACUGCACAACUGAUGUCAAAAGAAGAAGCUCUUACACAACAGAAACAACGAAUUGAUGAACUGACUAAAGAAGUAAAGAAGCUUGAGCAAGAAAAAGAAGAAAUUCCUGUACUAAAAGCUCAGGCGGAAGUAUACCAGUCAGAUUUUAUUGCUGAAAGAGAAGCAAGAGCUAAUUUGGCAGGAGAGAAAGAAAAAUUGGCUGAAGAUCUAAGAAAACUCCACCGCCAGAACAAGGAGCUUCGGGAAGAAUUAGAGAAGUGUCGGCCUGACAGAGGUCGUUUGAAUAGUGGUUGGAACACCUUUUCAGCUCCAGGAAGGCCUAGGGUAAAUGGCCAGAACCAGCAACAAACUUCAGAUGUAGAAGACAGACAGAGUGAAAGACAGGUGAACGACCUGUACCAUUGCCCAAAGUGCAACAUGAGUUUCUUUGUACUUCAAGCUCUGGAACGGCAUGUGGAUAGAUGUCUGGAUCUGCAGAUGUUCCCUGAAUGAAGUGCCAACAACAGCUAGAAGAUAAUUAAUUAAACAUUUAUUUUCAUGUAACGAAACCUGCUUAAACUGUAUAUAGUCUUCUAGUUAUGAGAGUGGUUAAUAGCAUUUCCCAUAUGUACUUGUACAGCGUUCAGAAACAAAUUCUAUGUAUGUUGCAUCAUAAAAAUUUUAUAAUA